CGUUCAUUUCAUUCUGAGACCUCUUACAAAGACACCAUCCAUUCUUGGCAGAGCAGAAUUCGAAGUUCAGUGGGAAAUGCACGAAAAUUUGACGUUAUUUGAUUAAAGAUGGAAGCUUUUAGUCCAAAUAGGACUUUGAAUAUAAAGAGUGAUGAAGAAUACAGUCACCCAACGAUUUAUAAAAUCGUUUUUAUCAUUUUAUCUGUCUUAAUUGCGCUCAGCAAUAGCACUGUACUACUUUUAUAUCAUAUCAAUCCACAUAUACGUUCGACAAAGAAUCUUCUUUUGGCUAGCUUGGCGCUAUCUGACCUCGCAGCAGGAACAAUAGUCAUUCCUAUCACACUGAGGUGUUUUGGAAAUUCAGAAUGGAGUAUUUGUGUUGCUUCUUCAACGCUGUUUAGAUUUCUAGCAUUUUCAACCAUACUUCACAUUCUGGCGACUAUUUUUGAGAAGUAUAUCAGCAUUCUACAACCGUUUUGGGUCGUUGAAAAGAAACAUAUUCGUGUAACAAGCGGAUGUAUUUGGGCUAUUUCGUCGUUCGUUGCUAUUAUCCCUUUGGUCUGGCUGCGGGAAGGCCAUUCAAAAGAUGCUGAGGUUGUUCGAAAGGAACUAGUCUAUUUUCUUGUGACCUUCAUUGGUUUCUUUUUUAUACCUUUUAUCCUGAUUGUUUUCGCCCAAGUGCGGAUGUUUAGUGCAAUUCACCGCUCCUUCACAAUGCUCGAAACCUCUCCUGUUGAGAGCUACAAUCUGACAUUUCAAGGAAGUCCAUUGAGACAUGAUAAUAACUUCAACGUGGAGCAAAGUUCUUAUAGAACAUCCUCCACACAACAGAAUCGGAAGGUUUUGACUGCGUUUGCAUUGAUGCUAGGAACAUUUACAGUGUGCUGGUUGACCUGGUAUGUUGGAGUGUUUCUCUCAUAUGUUGACAAAGAGAAAUUUCGUAAAUUCUCAGCCAAUUUAAAAGAAAUGUUACAGAUUAUAGUAUUUUUACCAUCUCUCGUAAAUCCGUUGUUGUAUACGUAUUACAAAAAAGAUUUCCGUCAAGCUCUGCAAGCUCUUCUCAAGAGUGUAUUAAAAGCACUGUGUCAUUAAAGUAUUUACAAUUAUCGUUAGAUUUAAAAACUGCGAUGAGAACAAUUUUCAUAUAAUUUAUCGCUUAAUUCUGUCGUGUGUGGCCUAUUUUAUAAUACGGACUGGAAAAUGACAACAACACACAGUGCAUCUGUGCUUGCAUAUUGAAAUAAUUUGAGAGAGGUUAUAAAGUUCACGUCAUAUCUUGCAUUGCUCUUUUAGUAAAGUGCGACCUUUGAACAAACGAUCAGAAAGCGAGGAAUUGUAUAGAUAAUGAGAUUGCAUGAGAAAAGCUGAAUAAAUAAAGAUGCUCAGUAUUGUAUUGAUAAAUUAAAUGUCU